CUCAACUUUGUUGAUGAUACUUUAAUAUUAGUUUUUGGACACAUCAGAGGUUUUCGAGAAAAAUUAAACUUUUAGUAAUUUUCGUGUUAAUUAAAGUACUAGAAAGAUAAAUGAAACCUUCAAUUUUAGUAAUUGGAUUAUUGUCAGUCCUAGUGACUUACAUUAGUGCCACGCGAACUAUAGAUAAUUUUUUGAGUAAGUCUGAUCUUCAAAGGGUGCAACAAAUUUUCAACGAUGGAAUCAAGUCAAGUGACUUACAAACCAUCUAUUAUUCAGUCAUCAAUUCCAAAAAAAUUCCAUCAGAGACUAAGGAUAGUUUAUGUAAGAAACUUCCAGGACUUUAUAAAGAUUCAAAAUUGAACGAUUUUGAGAAGAAUUAUUACUAUGUUGGCUCCAGCACAACAUUAUUAUGCAGUGAAAAGAUUCCAUCAGAGCUCGUUAGUCAAUUGAAAACAGCACUUGAUAAGGAUUUUUCAUCAACACAAGAGUUAUUUUAUACAUUCUAUGCUCAGAAAUAUCUCGAUUCCUCGGUUCUUAAAGAAGAUGCUAUGAAGGAGAAAUUGUCAAAGAAAUUAUUGGCACUCUUGAAAAAGGAUGACUCUUUAACAUCUCUUGGCUAUGGAUUCUAUGUUGCUAGUGAUUUAGGAAGUUCUGCAAGUUCAGUAAUUGAUCGUGUUGAAGAUGCUAUUGCACAAGCAGAUGAAGUCGAUGGAAAAUUGUUGCAAUUUGAAGGCGGUUUAAGUGUCACAUCUCUUGUCAUUAAUGGUGCAUUAAAAGUCACAUCAAAUAAUAAUAAGGCAGUUCCAUUGACAGCUGAACAAACAAAGAAAUUCGCUUCAUACUUUCUUUCACGACGAUCAGUCACACAAGCAAAAGGAGCAAGUUUAUUAUUGGAAUCUCUUCGUACUAUCAUGGCUGAUAAGAAAAUCACUCCAAUUUCCAUUCGUAUUGCCGACAAUGGCCAACUUCCACCAGAAGAUCCAGUUAUGAAGAUUAAAAUCUGUGAUUUACUUGGAGAAGCGUUGAAGGAAAAACCAGCAGCAGUUAAGCUUACGUUGACAUCAAAGAGUGAUAAUAAGAAAGCUAUUGAUGGAGAAAACCUUGUACCAUCAUCAGAGGAUUCAACUGUCUACAAAUUAGAUCUCAAGUCAAAGAAAUUGGCUAAAGGUGCUUACAAAGUUGACAUAGAUGCUGGAUCAUUCAAACAGACAAAUAUGGUUGCAACAGUUUUAGGAAAAGUUCGUCUUGAUAAGAUUGACGUGGCUAUUUCUGAAGCAGAUUCACAAACACCAACAAGUAAGGUAUGGCUUGAUAAGUACAGUAAAUUCCCAGAUGUUUUCCAACUCGACAAUCAACAAAAACUCAGCCUUCGCUUUGACUUGUUUGAUGACUCUACCAAUAAAAUCAUGUCCGUUCAUCAAGCAUUCAUUCGUUUCUCUGAUAAAUCUGGAGCUGAAAUUGUCUUUGUUGCUGAACAAGAUGUUGCUAAAGCAUACAAAUUUGAACUUGACAUUGGAGCAAGAGCUGGUGAUUUCAGUGGAAAAUCAGGAAUCUAUGAUGUAGAAUUGAUUGUCGGUGAUUCCUCAUUAGUUAACUCAUUUACACGUAAUCUCGGACAAGUUAAUUUGAAGUUCUCGCUUGAAACUAGAAAGGAAAAGAUUGAUAACUCAAUUGCAAGAAAACCUCGUGCAGAAAUUCAUCAUUUAUUCCGUGAACCAGAAAAGCGUCCACCACGUUUCGUCUCUGACUUAUUUACUGGAUUAUGCUUAGUACCAAUUCUUCUUCUUUUCAUCCUUUGGGGACGUAUUGGAAUCAACACAUCGAAUUUCAGUUUCAGUUUGAGUGCAUUAGGAUUUCAUGGUGGACUCGGAGCUAUCUUUUUACUUUUCGUCUGUUUCUGGCUGAAACUUGACAUGUUCCAAACAAUUCAGUAUUUAUUGGGACUUUCCGUUCUUACGUUCCUAUGCGGUAACAGAGUGCUGAGAUAUAUUGCAAGUAAACGCUUAGAAAAGGCUGAGAAAAAUAAUUAGAGAAUGCCAAAACAAAAGAGUAAAGAAAACAAGCAUUUUUAGUGUUUUUCCAUGCAACAUCCCCUCUUUAUCGACUUUUAUUUAGCGAUAGAUAAUUAAUUAUUUACUAUCAUAUAAGUUUUUUUUAUUAUCAAAACGAUAAAACUGAAAUAAGAAAGGAAUUUAAAAAAAGUGUUUCACGAUCUCGCACACGAAAAUAAAUGCGCAUAUUAAUAAAUCUACAAUAAUAAGGGACGUAAUGCUAUCGUGUCCAGUUGUUUCUACUUUUUAUUAAUAAUGUGUAUUACCAAAAACGAUAAUAGAUUACAACACUUAAUGAUGAUGGAAAUUUUGAGUCACUAAGAACGUGUGUUAAUGAAUAAAAAUGAUGAAAAAUUACAAAGG